GCAGCUUUUGCAGAUGUCUAAAAUUCCCAUUUUUCUCUUCUUUCCUCUGCUUCUUUCUUUCUAUCUUCGAUACAACCGUACUCGAUGGAUUCCAGUUCCAUAUCUCCUUGCUAGAACUAGAAAAUCUAUUCAAUGGCAAAACCAAAUCAAACCCCAACAUUCAGCAAACUUAAGCUGAAUGAUAUGCCUCCAGCAAUCACCUCUUCUUUCAUCUACUUCUUCUUCCUCCUGCUUCCACUCCUUGUGUUGAGCUCUGCAAAUGCUGUUUUAGUUGCAGAAACUCAAUCCACUGAAGUCACCUUGAAACCCCAUUUCAAAAACAGGGCUUCCAGUGAUGCAUUUCUUUUACAGGGAGCCGGCGAGUUUGGACGGCGAGGAACAGUAGUGGGAAACAGAGGAAAGAAAUUGGAGUCCAGCAAUGUUAUAAUCAGAGGCAACGAAGUGGUUCAGAGCGAUGACCGGACUUUCGAGUUGGGAUUCUUCUCCUGUGGGGAAUCCGACUGGUACUUGGGAAUCUGGUACUCUUCCAUACCUACCCCAACAUAUGUCUGGGUCGCAAAUCGCGAAAAGCCUGUGAAAAAUCUCUCCCAAUCUUCUCUUGAAAUCACCGACGCCGGACAGUUAGCAGUGAAGGAGUCGCCGGAUUCGGUCGUCUGGCAGAGUACGAACGAGGAGAAAGCGGCAAACUUAAGUCUUUUAGAGAGUGGAAAUCUGGUGCUGCUAUCGUCGGGGGGUUCAGUCCUGUGGCAGAGCUUCGAUCAUCCGACGGACACGUGGCUGCCGGGAAUGAACAUCACUGCCGAGAGAUACCUCACCUCUUGGCGGAGCUUGGACGACCCAUCGUCGGGAGUGUUCUCUCUCCGGCUAAAUCCACAAAGGUUUAACGAGUUCCAGCUAGUGUACAACAACUCCAAGGUAUAUUGGUCCACCGGAAACUGGACGGGGACUGCAUUCGCUAAUGUACCAGAAAUGACGAUCCCUUAUAUUUACAAGUUCCAUUUCCAAGAUCCAUACAUGCCAACGGCGUCGUUUUGGUACACCGAGAAGGCGAUGGAUAACGGCAAACCGCCAUUGACGAGGUUCCGGAUGGAUGUUAAUGGGCAGCUUAUGCAGUAUACGUGGACGACCCAGACCGAGAAUUGGAACAUGUUCUGGUCGCAACCGGACGAUAAGUGCAGGGUUUAUGGGUUGUGUGGUGAUAUGGGGUCUUGUAUCAGCACAGCCUUGAAGCCCUGUUUUUGUCUCAAUGGUUUUAAGCCCGCUGAUGAUCGUGGAUGGAAUGCCGAUGACCAAACCGGCGGUUGUCAGCGAGAGAGUAGCGAUGCAUGCGCAAGCACAGAUGGGUUUGAGGAGGUUGGGGUUGUGGAGUUUGAUGGAGGGUCUACGGUGUCGUUUCCAGGUAACAGGAGAUUCUGUGAGAAGUCUUGUUUGAGUAAUUGUUCUUGUAUUGGGUUGUAUCACAAUGGGAAGACUAAUCAGUGCAAGAAUUUAUAUGGGUCUCUCCUGAAUUUAAGAAAUUUGACGUCUAUGGAUGGAGAUGUGCUCAAUGUUAGGGUUCCAAAAGAGGGAAUUGUGAAGAAGAGUGUGUCGAAAACUAUGGUUUUGGUUGGCAGCAUUGUUGGGUCAAUUGCAGUUUUAGGGUUCACAGUGAUGAUGCUAUUGAUUUUGAGAAAUAGAAGAGGGAAGAGAAAGGGUAAUGAUGAGGAUGGUGAAUUUCCUGUCUUGAAUUUAAAGGUGUUUACUUUCAGAGAGCUUAAUGCCGCAACUAGGGGAUUUUCUGAGAAACUUGGGCAUGGUGGAUUUGGUGCAGUUUUCAAAGGAGAGCUAUUGGAUUCUGCUCCUGUUGCCGUGAAACGCCUUGAAAGGCCGGGCAGUGGAGAGAAGGAGUUCCGGGCAGAGGUGUGCACCAUUGGGAACAUUCAGCAUGUCAAUCUUGUGAGACUCAGAGGGUUUUGUUCAGAGAAUUCUCAUAGAAUGUUGGUUUAUGAUUACAUGCCCAAUGGUCCUUUGAGUGCCUAUUUAUGCCGAGAUGGUCCUAAUUUGUGCUGGGAUGUUAGAUUCCGGAUAGCUGUCGGCACUGCAAGAGGCAUUGUGUAUUUACAUGAGGAAUGUAGGGAUUGCAUUAUACAUUGUGAUAUCAAACCAGAAAACAUUCUUCUAGAGAGUGAUUACACAGCUAAGGUAUCUGAUUUCGGGCUGGCAAAGCUAGUUGGGAGGGACUUCAGCAGGGUAUUGGCCACAAUGAGGGGCACUUGGGGCUAUGUUGCACCUGAAUGGAUCUCUGGUUUAGCAAUUACUGCAAAAGCUGAUGUUUACAGCUAUGGAAUGACAUUGCUGGAGUUGAUUGGUGGGCGCCGAAAUGUUGAGGCACCACCACCUGCUGGAAAUACCAAUGUGUAUGGCGAGGGAGGAUAUGGAGAGAAGUGGUUUUUCCCUCCUUGGGCUGCACACCAAAUAAUCGAGGGCAAUGUAGCAGCAAUUGUUGAUAGCAGGCUUGGGGUGGCAUACAACAUUGAGGAAGCGGAACGUCUUGCAUUGGUAGCAAUUUGGUGCAUACAGGAUGAAGAGGAAGUGAGGCCUACAAUGGGAAUGGUGGUGAAAAUGUUGGAGGGAGUGGUGGAAGUGCCCAUCCCUCCGCCCCCAAAAUUGAUACAGGCACUAGUUGCAGGGGAUUCUUAUCAUGGUGUUAGGAUGGAGUCCGGUGCCUCUGGUGGUUGCUCUGAUUUUAAUGUUGGAUUAUCUAGUGCUGGUUCACGUUCAUCACCUGGUAACGUAUCUUCCCCACUGAAUGAGAAUCCAGAGAUUUGAUUAACAAGAUCAUUCAUGUUUAACUGAGCAAAGCUAAUAUGUCUGAUUUCAAUACAAAUCAUUGUGUCUCUGUUGCUCCCUCAUCCUAAGUUUAGUUCCUUUCCCCCUUUUUGUAUUUCUUUUUUUCAGUGAAAACAUAGCAGUUGAGGGAUUGUAGAAUCAAGUAUGUAGAUCACCAUGAAGAUGUACAUAAGUUACUAGAGUUGUGAAAUUUUGCCAUUUUGAUGUGAUUUCUUCAUAUGAUUCUGAGUUCUACUUGAUUCACAUGCUUAUGAAUAUAUUCAUAGCUACAUGGAAAGAUUAUAUUAGGAAUUGUGUUUGUGACAGGUUGACAUUUCCCCCAAGACAUAGAAAGACAUACAAAGUAUGAUGCCCAUCUUUACAUCAGAAAGGUAGUUUCACACCAGUUUUUCCACUUCGCACAUCCCCUGGCCUCUUAGCCUUUUCAUGGCUUUUCUUAUCAUACAAUAUGGCGUUUGUGAAGGAGCUCAAGGUCUUCUUUUUUGACAUUUUGUAGCAGGAACAUCUUUUUAAGGUUGUUGAAACCUGAAAAAGGGGACAACCCUUUCCUUGUCUCUCUUCUCUUGAGCCCAAAAAUUGGACGAAAAUGGGGAAGUUUUCUUUUUCUCUUCUUUCAAAAAAGAUUGAAUUUUGAACUGAAUUUGGGUCUCUUGAGCCCAAUAUAAACUGAACCCAGACCACAAACCAAACCUUUAUCUUUAGCCCACAACACGACCAAGUCCUGUCCUGUCCAAGGUAAAAACUGUCUUUGUCCUGUUAGAAGCUGGUUUCUUUCCUCAUUUAUAGCCAAAACACCACUCGUUUUCUAACACACUUAUAUUCAUUUCCACGAAAGAAACAAAAAAAAAAAUUCAAUUUCCCUUUUUUAUUCAUUUCCAAUUCAUCUUCAACAAAGACAAAUUCAAGGGUUCUUCAGAAAUGAUGCAAAAAUUGCAGAGGAGAAGAACAAUCCAUCCUCUGCCGCAUCAUUCUGUAC